UGGGCCUGUAAUACAGUAAAACUGAAAUGAAUUGAAAAUCGUCUUAUGAAUCGGUUAAUCGCUGAAUCGGUCGUUCGAUUCGUUGUAACGGACAGUUCGGACGAAUCGGUUCGUGAAAUUGAAUCGAAUUUCGGCGAUUGUGAGUUACUCAGGUUCCUGUGCGCGGUUGAGGGGGGUUUCGCUGGCUAAGCGCUGCUGAUAGAAGCUCAAAGAAGUCUAAAAUGCGCUCGUGAUUAUUUUUGGAUCGGGACUGGGCGGUUUGGAUGACGUCCAGACGAAUUUUCGGUGCGUUUUACACCUAUGUGGUCCACCGCUUCUGUUUUUAAAUUUACAGCCGGAAUACAGGCAGCGGCCUGCGGCUCGACGCGACCAGGAAAGUCCGCGGAUGAGAUUUAGGCCUCGGUUUCGUUAAACUUUGAUCUCGGAAAAAAACAACAAGAACAAAACAGUCAUCUCGCCGCUUCACGCAGGAGUUCUCACCAGGCUGAGGGAAGUCCGAGGACGUGCGCCGCUCUAUUUCAGAACUUGGCUUGCCGUUUUCUCCGCUGGGAUGAUGCGCACACACGCCGUGAUCUGAGGUUUCUGGGGCCGACAAGUGCUCCCGAGGGCCUUGGGGUGACGGAUCCUUUUUAAAUUUUUCUCUCUUGUGGUGGUCCCUUGAACCGUCAAAAUAAGUUCCUCGCUGCCCCCCCACCUGUCCCAUCGCGGCCAGUCCAACAACCCCUUCCCCCUGGAUUCCCAUGGUAAGAGGUCCCACUACGGCACCAAGCUGAAUCCCUACACCAGAGCGCGGAUGACGGAGGCGUGGCAGCAGCAUGCUGUUGCCCCGCCUCCCGUCGUCCACACCAUACCUCCAGGGGCAGAGAACGCCCUCGGCUGUGCGGUCUAUGGCAUCGUCCUGCAGCCGGAUGCUGCGUUGCAACAGCAGCAGUCGCAGCAGCAGCAACAACAACAGCAGCAGCAGCAACACCACAGCCAGCAGCAUAGCCAGCAGCAGCACCCGGCACAAGCUCAGCAGCCGUCCCUGCCGGUGGGGAGCGAGGGGGGACACAAGUGUGGAGCCUGCGGCCAUGACAUCUCCCACCUGGCCAACCCCCAUGAGCACCAGUGCAUGGUGAGUCAGGAUCGCUCCUUCCAGUGCACACAGUGCCUAAAGAUCUUCCACCAAGCCACAGAUCUCCUGGAGCACCAGUGCGUUCAAGUGGAGCAGAAGCCUUUUGUAUGCGGAGUUUGCAAGAUGGGCUUUUCACUGCUCACGUCCCUGGCGCAGCACCACAACGCCCACAACAGCAGCAACCCAAUGAAAUGCUCCAUCUGCGAGAAGACCUACCGGCCCGGCUCAUCUGGCAACGCCACCCCCACCUCGUCCGCCACCAACCCGGGCCAGCCGUCCAACGACGGCGCGUCAGCCAGCAGCAGCGCCGCCGUGGGUACCUCAGGGCAGCCCACCUUUGAGUCCUCGGCCCCAUACAGGCCCUACAAGUGCUCUGUGUGCUCCAAAGGCUUCCGUCAUCUAUCUGAGCUCACCCGGCAUGAGCGUGUGCACACGGGCGAGAAGCCCUUCAAGUGUGAGACGUGCGACAAAAGCUUCAGUCAGUCGUCCCACCUAGUCCACCACCAAAGUACGCACAGCUCAGAGAGGCCCUUCAAAUGUGCCGUGUGCGAGAAGAGCUUCAAGCACCGCUCCCAUCUGGUGCGCCACAUGUAUGCCCACUCGGGCGAGCACCUCUUCAAGUGCAACAUGUGCGAGCUGCACUUCAAGGAGUCGUCCGAGCUGCUGCACCACCAGUGCCAGCCGCAGGGCGCCCGGCCUUUCCGAUGCGCCACCUGCGGCAAGGGCUUCAAGCGUCCAUCCGACCUGCGUCAGCAUGAGCGCACCCAUUCGGAGGAGCGGCCUUAUCACUGCGAGGACUGCCAGAUGAGCUUCAAGCAGCAGUACGCUCUGGUGCGGCACAGACGCACGCACACGGCCUCCGCCGACCGCCCCUUCAAAUGCAACCUCUGCGACAAGGGCUUCCUGCAGCCAUCCCACCUGCUCUACCACCAGCACGUGCAUGGUAUGGACAACCUCUUCAAGUGUGCCUCCUGCGGCAAGGGCUUCAGCCAGUCCGGAGAGCUGCUGCGGCACAAGUGCGGCGAAACCUCCAGCACCCCCACCAACCCGGACAAGCCGUACAAGUGCGAUGUUUGCGGCAAGGCUUACAAAAAAGCAACCACGCUGCAGCGCCACCAGACCACCCACUGCAACGAGAAGCCGCUCAAGUGCUCCCUGUGCGACCGCCGCUUCCUUUCCUCCUCGGAGUUCGUGCAGCAUCGCUGUGACCCGUCCCGUGAGAAGCCCUUGAAGUGCCCUGACUGCGAGAAGCGCUUCAAGUACUCGUCAGAGAUGAACCGGCACAGGCGUGUCCACACCGGAGAGAAGCCGUACAAGUGCGCCAGCUGUGACAAGGGCUUCAAGCAGCGUGAGCAUUUGGCCAAACACCAGAGCGUUCACUCUAGAGACGCCCAGUUCAAAUGCGUGUGGUGCGGAGAGCGCUUUGCCGACCUGGGCGCUCUCCAAGAGCACACGGUCCAGCACACGGCCGAAGGAGGGGGAUACCCCGUGAACUCGCUCAUUCAGUAAACUCCUCUUCCUUUCACUCCAGUCCUAUCCACUCCUGUCAUUUUCUCUACCUUGCUGCCAAAAGCAAACACAAGCUGUCCAGUUUAUGGCGUUGCCGUGUCAUAUAAACUUUCAAAGGUUUCCCUUUUGGAAAAAAAGAUGAAAAAAUAAAGGAAAAAAUGUUCUAAUAACUUCAUUAUGAUUUAUGUAUACCUAUACCAGAUAAAUAAGUAUUCCCCUUUCAUACCAAGAGGCAUUUCGACCCUUAAGAUUCAUUUUCAAGUGGAUGGAGAUCAGAGGCAUCAAUUUCUUUCACUUUGUUUAAAAGCUCCCUUUUUUUAAAAUAUGGGAAGAAAGUACAAAAUAAUACAACUUGCAUAAAAUUUCAACGUGAGCUAAUGGAGAGGAGGAGAAAUGCCAUUUGCAAUAUGUUGGUAAAGAAAUGGCCCAAUCGUAGUCAUUCUGUUUCAAAGCUAUAUGCAGCACCGUGACUUAAACAGUCCUUCAGUUUAACAACACCUUUAGAUAGAGCACUCAGUGCCCCAUUCUAUCUGUGGAGUGCUGAAUUUAAUUUUCAAGAAAAGUAACAAAAAAUACCAGGAAAAAAAAACAACAAAAAAGGUUGUGUGCUGCUUUUGUCUGGUGAUGAAUUGUUUAGGAAUCGAUUAUACUGUUAUUCUCCUGAUAACGCAGCAUUUCUGUUAUGGGAUUUUAGUAGCUAGUGCAUUUUGGGGUAUAGUUUGCGUGCUUCCUAUCUGUCGGGUUUUAAUUCGCAGCUACAAAUCAAUUUCUAAUGAUUUUAAGAAUUUAGGAGCAUUUUUUUCCAGUCACUAGCUGUGCUCCGGAUAUGAAGGAGUCUCACGAUAAAAACAGUGGAAACAUACUGUAUAUAUCUACUCAAGUCACCACUUGAAACUAUAUUGCCUGCAUUAAGACCCCUCAGCUAGUCGUAGCUGACGAGAUUUUAAGAAACGGAUGGGGGACUAGCCUAUAUUGUGCUACUAUAAACUAUUGAAACUGUCUGUAAGUGUGUCAAAGUAUGUGUGCCCUUUGAUGUGGCAACUAUAGUAUGUACCAAAAAAUUAAAAACAACAAAAAAAAAAAUCAACCCACCAAUGUACUGUACUGUAC